CUCCAACGUUCGAGACACGCUGGGAUCAUGCCGAUCCAUGGCAGCCGCAUCUCACAUCUGAUUCCGUCGCGCAUUCCCGUCCUCCGCAAACCCGAUCUCAUAUCGUCCUAUCACUGCCAUGUCCACCGAACUAUCUGCCAUCAUGCCCGCCGUCCGUCGCUGCGAAUCGCGACGCCAAUUCCAGCUUCUAAGCUCACGCUCCAACGUGGUGCUAAAACGCAGUCUACUGUGAAGCUGAAAGAUUUACCACAAGGAGCGUUGAGGCUGGAGUCUUAUGAGGAUGCCGUAGAAGAUGCACCGCGGUACCCCCCAGUCGUGCAGGGACAUAAGAAUAACAUGCAAAAGUUCCAGAACUGUGUCAUCCUGACCAGAGUUGGUGGCUUUUAUGAGGUACGGACAAUGUUCCUGGGGGGCUCAUCUAUCAUGAAGGAUCUUAGCUCGUAAACUCAUUGCCUGACUUUAUCCUAGCUGUAUUUCGAGCAAGCCGAGGAGCUCGCUCCGUUGCUUAAUCUCAAACUUGCCUCCAAAAAGACCAGCGGCGGCCCUGUUCCAAUGGCGGGGUUUCCCUUUUUUCAAUUAGAUCGCUUCCUAAAGAUACUCGUGCAAGAUCUCAAUAAGUACGUGGCUAUUAGCGAGGAGUUCGCAAACGACGCAGAGGACAAGGCUCGCUCAGGGGGGCUUCUCUUCGAUCGCAAAGUAGCCAGAAUUAUUACACCAGGCACAUUGAUCGAUGAAAAGUUCAUGGAUCCUGCGGAAAAUAAUUUCCUCCUAGCCAUAUACAUAGAUGAGCUGUCAUUGAAGACACAACUAGAGCAACAGGAUGAUGCCUCAUCGCAUCAGCAUGUACUGUCGUCCGCUUCUCAGCCCGUAGGCUUAUCCUGGCUAGAUCUUUCUACCGGUGACUUUUUUACCCAGUCUACGAUAGUGCAAAUGCUUCCUUCAGCUGUUGCGAGAAUUGGUGCUCGUGAAAUUUUAGUUGACAGGAAUAUCCGGGAUUUGAUCGGACAGGAGCUGCAAUUGCUUAUGGGCCACGACCAUCGGCUGAUGACAUUUUUCCAGUUUCCCCGGGAUAUCGCGCCAAUGUCUCGCUGGGACUCUAUGCUAGAAGCGCCCGUCCCUCCUAAGGCUAUCGAGACUUUCACGCAAGAGGAAACGGCCGCAGGUUAUAGUCUCUUGGAAUAUAUCCGGGUUCAACUACAGGGACUGGAUUUAAAACUUCAGCCUCCUCGUCGCCGGCACUUGAACGAAUCUAUGAGUAUCGAUCGUAAUAGCUUGAGGGGCUUGGAGAUUCUCGAAACUGCUCGAGAUGGAUUUGGCAAGGGUAGUCUACUUCACGCAGUUCGCCGUACUUGCACCAAGAGCGGGGCGCGUCUCCUGAGGGACCGUUUGACAUCCCCUUCUACUUCCUUGCGUGUCAUCAACGAGCGCCUUGACCUUGUAUCGGUCUUCAUCGCAAAUGGCGAGCUACGUGAUAGUGUGACGCAGCUAUUAAAGCGUAGCUAUGACGCUCAGCGUCUGGUCCAAAAAUUCACACUUGGACGGGGUGACCCCGAUGACCUGAUUUGUCUUUCCAGGGCUAUAGAAGCCUCGAAAGAGAUUAAACGGGUUCUCUCUGGCACAGGCUCCGACACCUCGGUGCCCAUCCAGAACAAUGAAAGUCUUAGAGCCAUGACUAGUAGGCUUCAUUUGAGCAAGCCUAGCCGACUAGCAGACAAAAUUGUGGCUGCUAUUGAUGAGGAAGGGUUGCUGCAAAAGCAACGAAUCGAGGAUGAUACCGCUACAGAGGCGGCGAUGUUAGCUCAAGAAGUCGCCAUGAACGAAGGCUUGCCAACGGAUCUCGAUGCAUUGCCCAAGAAAGUGAAAGCCAAGAACACUGGUCGAGCUGGGACAGCUGCAGAUGAGCCCUCGGAUAUCGACACCUGGAUUAUGAGGCGGGAUGCAAGCCCUGCCCUCCGUAAGCUCCACCAAGCAUUGACGACACUACAAGAUGAGAAGGCCAGCUUAACGCAGCGUCUACGCGACUCUGUGGGAUCAUCUGCUCUUACCCUCAAGUGGACCCCUGGUCUCGGGCAUAUAUGCCACGUCAAAGGGCCCAAAGUCUCCCAGGAAGCUCUCGAAGAAUUAGGAGUGACACGAAAUGUCGCAUCAACCAAAUCCACCAGGUCUUUCUAUCUACCGGCAUGGACUGAACUCGGCAGCCGAACAGAUCAAGUGAAGCUCCAAAUCCGACAGGAGGAGCAGCAGAUCUUUGAGGAUCUCCGCCGCGAAGUGAUUCUCAACCUGGUGAAGAUUCGACGCAACGCAGCUGUGAUGGAUGAACUAGAUGUCGCGUGCUCCUUCGCAACGCUAGCACAAGAGCAGCAACUUGUUCGGCCCAUUAUCACAAAGGGAACCACCCACAAGAUCGUCGGAGGCAGGCAUCCGACCGUCAAACUCGGCCUCGAAGAGCAGGGUCGACGCUUUGUCAGCAAUGACUGCUUCUUAGGCGACCAGGAACGCAUCUGGCUCAUCACGGGGCCCAACAUGGCCGGGAAGAGCACCUUCCUGCGCCAGAAUGCACUCAUCACGAUCCUCGCGCAGGUGGGAUCCUUCGUGCCCGCUGAAUACGCCGAAGUCGGGACCGUAGACCAAAUCUUCAGCCGUAUCGGCGCCGCGGACGAUCUCUUCCGCGACCAGUCCACAUUUAUGGUCGAAAUGCUUGAGACCGCCGCGAUUCUGAAACAGGCGACGUCGCGAUCCUUUGUCAUCAUGGACGAGGUAGGUCGUGGCACCACACCCGAGGAUGGCACCGCCGUCAGUUUCGCAUGCCUACACCAUCUCCACUACCGCAAUCAAUGCCGCACCCUCUUCGCAACCCAUUUCCACGAGCUGGUGGACAUGACGCGCGAUUUCGAGUCUCUAGGCCGAUACUGCACGGACGUCAAGGAGACCGCGUCGGGGUCAUUCUCGUUCGUCCAUCGACUGCGCCAGGGUGUGAACCGCGAAUCCCAUGCGUUGAAGGUUGCCCAGCUUGCCGGGUUACCGAAAGAGACCAUCGAGAUGGCCCGGAGCAUACGCGACAACGCUCGUACUAGCCCAAGUACAUGUUCAGCGGAGAUCAAUUGGAGCCAAUCCCAAACGACUCCAACGCAGCCCCAAUCCCUCGUUUCGUAGCACAUGAUAUCCUACUUAUCAAUUCUACAUGUACAACUGCCACUACCGAAUGUAUACUAGCUACCAUCUACUGCACUACCCCACUAACAAAUGACUUCAUUCAUAUAAUGCAUCAUAACCUCAUAAUCCAAUCCCUCCCCCCCUGGCAAAUCAC